AGGGGAAAAGGGUCGGUCCAUACCUAACUUUGCCAAGCCUUUCUCAGGAAAUUGAGCCAAGAAAGGGUAAGCUUCGUACAAUAUUCCAGGAUCACAUGCACCAUCUAUGGCCCUUGGUCCGUGCAUGAUCCGACGUGUCAUUUCACGAUUCGCUGGGAUGACGAGACCUGAGGCGGAGUGGGGUACAAGUACUAGCAUAGUAUACCCGUGCUUCUUUCCAAACGAAACCCAGGUGACCAACUCCUCAUCUCUCCGCUAGUAAAUAUCUCCAGUUAGCCGGCCACGGUUGCUCUCUGCCAUCUGAAUCUCCGGUCGUACGUCAUGGUCCGGGGAAAGACGGUGAUCGAGAAGAUCAAAAACACCACAAGCCGGCAGGUGACCUUCUCCAAGAGGAAGGGUGGGCUGUUCAAGAAAGCCAGGGAGCUGGGCGUGCUCUGUGAUGCGCAGGUAGGGGUGCUCCUCUUCUCCAACACAGGACGCCUCUACGACUACUCCAACUCCAACUCCGGGAUGAAAUCACUACUUGAAAGAUACCAACAGGUUAAGGAGGGUCAACAAUUCAUGAGUGCAAGCGCACAAGCUAAGUUUUGGCAAGCAGAGGGAGAACGUUUGAGGCAGCAACUACAUAACUUGCAAGAAAAUAAUAGGCAAUUGUUGGGACAACAUUUAUCUGGCUUAGGUUUGGAAGACUUAAGUGGUUUAGAGAAGCAACUAGAAACGAGCCUGCAUAACAUUCGACUAGCAAAGGACCAACUUACGAUUGAUGAAAUUGAAGAGUUCAAUAAGAAGGGAAACCUCGUACACCAAGAAAAUGUUGAGCUGCACAAGGAACUAAAUAUCAUUCAUCAAGAGAAUAUAUAUUUGCAAAGCAAGCUAAAUGGGCAGCCAGAAGCAAAUGGGGCGAUUACAAGUUCUUCUAGCCAGUGCAGCAUUGCUGCUCGAGAUGGUGCAAAUCUAGUUCGUUUGGAACUCAGCAAACCACAUCAUGCGGAAAAGGAUGAGGAACCAGAAUCACCAACACUGGGUCUUUGACUACCAGCGGACUGAUGGACGAGGCCAGAAGUUUCUACUAAAAGCUGAAAGGUCUUUCAGAUGAUCGACCGGAGUAUUGAUGUGGCUAUUCUAUUCUCAAUCAAAUGCUAGUUGUUGUUUCCAGUACGUCUACCCAUGAAUUGUACAUAUAAAAUUUGAUUGUGAGAUUUGCAACUUGCUCCAGGUAAUUUUCUUUUUCUUGUUCUCAAAAUAUGAUAGUACUUGUGGCUAGCAAAGGAACGAGAACAUCAUUAUUGAAUCCCUAGACUCCAUAAACAUGCAUUCAUAUCCAUGUA